CUCGCACCUGCGCGUCCCUCCGCGCUCGGGCUGGUGCAACUUCUCCCUGCGCUAGCGGGGAAGGGGUUUGGCCUUGCCUCUCGCGAGAUCGUCUCCAGUUGCUGCCGCGGCCGAUUCUGGCCGCUGACUGGCGGCGCCUGCGCAGCCGCCAUGUUCGGUUGCUAUGCUGCGGCCUGGGAGACGGGGUGUGCUUGAGGCAGGAGGAGGAGACAGAGGAGGAGGGAAAGGAGGGGGGCGGCUGAGCGCCUCUUGCACUCUCACACACAAACGCUGCCCAGGAUUACCCACCCGCUCACGCCGCGCUGCGCGCUCUUCUGCUCCUCGUGGCCCCCCACAUUGUUCUCUUAGGACUCCUGGGUCCCCAGGGGCUGAAAUUAGGCCUGAGACGGGCAGGGACGAGACUUGGCUUUGGCCGAAGGGUCGGAGGUUUGGGGUCAGGCGCCCCCACCCGUAGCCCCCUCCCCCACGGCAUUUUGGGGGGUGUGGAUUAUCUCAUCUCCGCAGGGAGGUGGGAGAGGGCGCCGGCCGCCCGCCUCCCUGCCACCUCCCCGGCGGCUCCGGCCCGCGGCAGCCCCGCAGCAUGAGGUGGUGCUGGCGGCUCGCGGUCGUGGCGCGGCCGCUGCGGCGGCUGCUGCUCUGGGGGCGCUGAGGGAGCCCCCCGGAGCGGCACGGCGGACGCGCUUUCCCUGGCGCGCCCGGGCCUCGAGGCUUUUUUUCUCCAGCCGAGAGGACGCGGCUGUGAUACGAAGAUCUUCCAAAAGUGUUUUGGAACCAGAGGUUUCAGAUACAGGAUUAUAGACGUGAACCACCAACUUCCCUAGCGAUGGUUGAUAAAUGACCUUGUGUGGACAGUAAUGACCUCACGUUUCCGAUUGCCUGCUGGCGGAACCUACAAUGUACGAGCAUCAGAGUUGGCCCGAGACAGACAGCACACAGAAGUGGUUUGCAACAUCCUUCUUCUGGAUAACACUGUACAAGCUUUCAAAGUUAAUAAACAUGCUCAGGGGCAAGUUUUGUUGGAUAUAGUCUUCAAGCAUCUUGAUUUGACGGAGCAAGACUAUUUUGGUUUACAGUUUGCUGAUGAUUCCUCAGAUAACCCAAGGUGGCUGGAUCCAAACAAACCAAUAAGGAAGCAGCUAAAGAAACUGCUUUUGUUAAUUUUAGGAGGAUCUCCUUACAGUUUGAACUUUAGAGUCAAAUUUUUUGUAAGUGACCCCAAUAAGUUACAAGAAGAAUAUACAAGGUACCAGUAUUUUUUGCAAAUUAAACAAGACAUUCUUACUGGAAGAUUGCCUUGUCCUUAUAAUACCGCUGCCCUUUUAGCUUCAUUUGCUGUUCAGUCUGAACUUGGAGACUACAAUCAGUCAGAGAAUUUGCCAGGCUACCUCUCAGAUUAUUCUUUCAUUCCUAAUCAACCUCAAGAUUUUGAAAAGGAAAUUGCAAAAUUACAUCAGCAACAUAUAGGCUUAUCUCCUGCAGAAGCAGAGUUUAAUUACCUAAACACAGCACGUACCUUAGAACUCUAUGGAGUAGAAUUCCACUAUGCAAGGGAUCAAAGUAACAAUGAAAUUAUGAUUGGUGUGAUGUCAGGCGGAAUUCUGAUUUAUAAGAACAGGGUACGAAUGAAUACUUUUCCAUGGUUGAAGAUUGUAAAAAUUUCCUUUAAGUGCAAACAGUUUUUUAUUCAACUUAGAAAAGAAUUGCAUGAAUCUAGAGAAACAUUAUUGGGAUUUAAUAUGGUGAAUUACAGAGCAUGUAAAAAUUUGUGGAAAGCAUGUGUAGAACAUCACACAUUCUUCCGUUUGGACAGACCACUUCCACCUCAAAAGAAUUUUUUUGCACAUUAUUUUACAUUAGGUUCAAAAUUCCGGUACUGUGGGAGAACAGAAGUCCAGUCAGUUCAGUAUGGCAAAGAAAAGGCUAAUAAAGACAGAGUAUUUGCAAGAUCCCCAAGUAAGCCCUUGGCACGGAAAUUAAUGGAUUGGGAAGUAGUCAGCAGAAAUUCAGUAUCUGAUGACAGGUUGGAAACACAAAGCCUUCCAUCACGGUCUCCACCUGGAACUCCUAAUCACCGAAAUUCUGCAUUCACGCAAGAGGGAACACGGCUACGGCCAUCUUCGGUUGGUCAUUUGGUAGAUCAUGUGGUUCAUACUUCCCCUAGAGAAGUAUUUGUGAAUCAGAGAUCUCCAUCAUCAACACAAGCUAAUAGCAUCGUUCUGGAAUCAUCACCAUCACAGGAGUCUCCUGGAGAUGGACAGCCUCCAGCUCUGCCACCCAAACAAUUUAAGAAAAACAGUUGGAACCAAAUUCAUUAUUCACAUUCUCAGCAAGAUCUAGAAAAUCAUAUUAAUGAAACAUUUGAUGUUCCAUCUUCCCCUGAAAAACCUACUCCAAAUGGUGGCAUUCCACAUGAUAAUCUUGUUCUAAUCAGAAUGAAACCUGAUGAAAAUGGAAGGUUUGGAUUCAAUGUAAAGGGAGGUUAUGAUCAGAAGAUGCCUGUGAUUGUGUCCCGGGUAGCACCAGGAACACCUGCUGACCUCUGUGUCCCUCGAUUGAAUGAAGGGGACCAAGUUGUACUGAUCAAUGGUCGGGACAUUGCAGAACAUACCCAUGAUCAGGUUGUCCUGUUUAUUAAAGCUAGCUGUGAGAGACAUUCUGGGGAACUCAUGCUUCUAGUUCGACCUAAUGCUGUAUAUGAUGUAGUAGAAGAAAAGCUAGAAAACGAGCCAGACUUCCAGUACAUUCCUGAGAAAGCCCCACUGGAUAGUGUCCAUCAGGAUGACCAUUCCCUGCGGGAGUCAAUGAUCCAGCUAGCUGAAGGGCUUAUCACUGGAACAGUCCUGACACAAUUUGAUCAACUUUAUCGGAAAAAACCUGGAAUGACAAUGUCUUGUGCCAAAUUACCUCAGAACAUUUCCAAAAAUAGAUACAGAGAUAUUUCGCCUUAUGAUGCCACACGGGUCAUUUUAAAAGGUAAUGAAGACUACAUCAAUGCAAACUAUAUAAAUAUGGAAAUUCCUUCUUCCAGCAUUAUAAAUCAGUACAUUGCUUGUCAAGGGCCAUUACCACACACUUGUACAGAUUUUUGGCAGAUGACUUGGGAACAGGGCUCCUCCAUGGUUGUAAUGUUGACCACACAAGUUGAACGUGGCAGAGUUAAAUGUCACCAAUAUUGGCCAGAACCCACAGGAAGUUCAUGCUAUGGAUGCUACCAAGUCACCUGCCACUCAGAAGAAGGAAACACUGCCUAUAUCUUCAGGAAGAUGACACUAUUUAACCAAGAGAAAAAUGAGAGUCGUCAAGUCACUCAGAUCCAGUACAUAGCCUGGCCUGACCAUGGAGUCCCUGAUGAUUCAAGUGACUUUCUAGAUUUCGUUUGUCAUGUACGAAGUAAGAGGGCCGGCAAGGAAGAACCCGUUGUUGUUCAUUGCAGUGCUGGAAUUGGAAGAACUGGGGUUCUUAUUACUAUGGAAACAGCCAUGUGUCUCAUUGAAUGCAAUCAGCCAGUUUAUCCACUAGACAUUGUAAGGACAAUGAGAGAUCAACGAGCCAUGAUGAUCCAAACACCUAGUCAAUACAGAUUUGUAUGUGAAGCUAUUUUGAAAGUUUAUGAAGAAGGCUUUGUUAAACCCUUAACAACAUCAAAUAAAUAAGAAAGCAAAAGGUCUGGAAUAUGUGUUGGAAAACUGCUUUCCCUUCUACUCAUUGUGCCAUAAUACUGCCCGCAGGAAAUGGCAUCUAACAAAUAAAAAAAAAAAAAAGAAGAACUCAAAAAAACUUUGAAAACUUCAGCACUGUUGCACUUUAUGUUUUAAAAACUCACUCUUUCACAAUCUAUAACUCAAAUGUGUUUGAAGACUAUUUCAUGCUUUGCUCCGAACAAAUAGUGAAUAACUGAGUAUGUUCAGGGUAAUUUAUGAAGUUUUGUGGUGGUGCCAUACAGUCCCCUUUUGGUAGAAUUGCCACAAGCACGGCUCAGAAUUCUCAUCAUCUCUGUCAUACACCUUUAUCUUGAAAGCAAAAAGAAGUAAACAUCAGGAGUCA